ACCUGUAGACGUCGGCCACGCGGCCCAGGCACACGGCCAGCGGCUUGGCCUCCCUGCGGCCCUUGAUGCGGUACACAGCGCCCAGUGCCGCCGAGCAGCUCGCCGAGCAGGCCAGGCCGUACAGCGUAUCGGUGGGGACGGCCACCACGGCGCCGGCGCGCAGCUCGGCCACGGCAGCCCGCAGCGCCUCGGUCCAACCGGCGCGCUCGGGGCUUGCGGACCGCGCGGCCCCGUUCCCCGGGAGUCGCAACAGCCGGCACCCCGGCGCCGCCCGAGCGGGACUCGGAGGGCGGAGGAGGCGGCCGCUCCGGGCGGAGCCCGCCGGCCCUUCGCUCAACCCCACGCUGGCAGCCACCGCGGCCCUCAGCCCCUUGCAGGGACGCGCAGGAGACAUCCGCCUAGGCCCGCUUCCGGGAGGAAGUGACGCGCCCAGUCAACUUCCGGUCCAGGAGGCUCGGCCCCGCCUCCGCGCCGGACAACUUAAAGGGACCACGACCCCCAGGAGGAUUGAAGGAGAUCGGUGGGGACGGGACGGGGCGGGGCGCAGCUUUGCGGAGCCUUAGCGCAGUGCUGGGGAGGGGGGGCGGCCGAAAGGGGGGCGGUGGUCGGGCCGCGCAGGCGGAGAUGGAAUGGGGCCCCGGCUCAGACUGGUCACGGGGGGAGGCUGCCGGCGUGGACCGUGGGAAAGCGGCGCUGGGGCUCGGCGGGAGGCCACCCCCGCAGCCGCCCCGGGAUGAGCGCGCCCAGCAGCUGCUGGACGCGGUGGAGCAGCGGCAGCGGCAGCUCCUGGACACCAUCGCCGCCUGCGAGGAGAUGCUGCGGCAGCUGGGCCGCCGGCGCCCGGAACCGGCGGGUGGCGGGAAUAUCUCAGCCAAACCUGGAGCGCCCCCACAGCCAGCUGUCUCCGCCAGAGGUGGUUUUCCAAAGGAUGCUGGCGAUGGAGCUGCGGAGCCCUAACCAUUCCCGAGCCGGUGGCCCUGAGUUCUCUCCCUCCCCGGGGCUGGUGGCUGGACUCUAAACAACUGCCUUCAAUAAAGGGGCCAGCCUUCACUGGCAGUGGCUGGAACUUGGCCCUCAGCCUAGGGUGGCAGCUCUGCUAGCAGCUGGGUUCAAUCCCACUUCAUCCUAGCUGAAGGCAGUGCUGAGCUUUGAAAUGUAGCCAAGGAAUACCCAGUCUAAUGACCGGAUUUUGGCAGGCCAGCAGUGCUUGCCAGAGUGGUCUGGCCUGCUUUGGGGGAUCCAGGUGGUGUUACAUGUCCAUUUCAUGCUUUGGGGGCUCCAAGUCCCACAGAAACACUUUUAGCAGAGCCUUGAUUAAAAGGAAACCUGCAGACUCUC